CCGACGCCGAGCCCUCUCUCAUCUCCGAACCGUCCUCCCUCAUCUCUCACCAGCUCUAUUACUAUAAAUACAACGGAUAGCCAGUGUCUUAAGUUUCACAGACAGAGAGUGAUAAUCAAAUUAGAAUUAAUAAGAAAAAAAAAUGAGAGAAGGAAUGGGUAGCUUGAAGUUUCUUCUCCUUUCCCUUGUGUUCCAUUCGCUAGCAGUUCACGCAAUUGUGAGGAUCAAUUUAACGAUGGAUACUACAUCAACGAAUAGUGUGAUGUUACAUAACUCGUACGAUAAUGCAUACUACGGAGAGAUUCAAAUCGGUAGCCCUGGGCAAAAGUUCAAGGUCUUUCUUGAUACUGGAAGUGCUGACCUCUGGAUUCCGUCACAGAUUUGGCCUAGGGGUCAAUUCCCUCACCCUAAAUACGACUCAAGUGCGUCGAGUACGUAUAAAAGAGGCAACGGAAAAAGGGUAGAUAUCGGUUACUUGACAGGAUCUCUCAAGGGUUUUGUAAGCAGUGACACAGUGGAGAUUGGUGGGAUUGCUCUCACCGGACAAUCCUUCGUAGAGGCUACUACAGCUCCGCAUGAUGAUCAGAUUUUUAAGGCCCGUUUCGAUGGUAUAUUGGGACUCCGCCUAAUCUCUCCCACAGAAGGGAUCACUAGUCCCGUUUGGAACACGAUGAUAAAGCAAGGGAAGGUUAAAACCAAAGUAUUUUCAAUUUGGCUUGGAAGGUACUCCGACUCUGGAAAGAAAGGUGGCGACGAUGGGGAGAUAACGUUUGGAGGUAUCAACACAAGGCACUUCACCGGGACACAUACUUAUGUUCCAGUUGAAGGGAACAAAAACCUAUUAAGUAUGUACAACAUUUUGGUGGGUAAAAAAGAUACCAAAAUCUGCUCAACAGGAUGCAAAGCUAUCGUUGACUCGGGAACUUCAAACAUCCUUGGUCCACCGGAGUUGAUCGCAAAAAUCAAUCAGGGCAUCUUUGCAGCUAGAGGCUGUCUGGGCCUCUCGAAGCUACCUGCGAUUACCUUCACAAUCGCUGGAAAGCUUUUCCCUCUCAAACCAAGUGAUUAUAUACGUCGAGAAAUAAUUGGAAAAAAAGAGGUGUGCACGACUACGUUCGUUGAUGGUGGAAACAAUUACUGGAUAUUGGGUCAGCCAUUCAUGCGAGCCUUUCACACUGUUUUUGACUACCAGAAUCCGUCAAGUGUGAAAGUCGGGUUCGCCAAGUCCAUUUAGUUACUCAGUUUAUCUGACUGGUGUUCUUGAUAGCGACAACGUUUUUAAAUAACAAAAAUAUUAAUAGUGACAGGAAUCUCUCUAUAGUUUUUUUUGUUCAUGAAUCAAUAGAUGAAUGAAUUGUAUAAGCUAUCAGAGAGUAAAUAUAUUUUUUAUUAAA